UGGACAAGCGCUUCACCUGAGGAAGACGUUCAAAGGGAUUGUGUGUGCGUGGUGGUGGUACAUACAUUUUAUUUUGCUUCCCGGCGGCAUCUUUCAGUUGGAAGAGAAAGAAAACAGGAUGGGGGAAUAGGAGAAUGCCAGUGAACACCCAGACCUGCUGAGCAGUGUUUCUGUAGCUCGGAAAGCACAAUGUAGAGGCGGACUAUGGUGGACCCCCUUCCCCCCAAGUCUCCUUUUUAAAGCGCUGUUGUGGUUAACUGAGCAGGGCCGGCAAGAUCAAGAGGGUCUGUGCGAAUGAGUCACGAUGGAAAGAAUGAAUGGCCCUGCUCUGCAGCAGCUUCCGCUCGCGACGGCAGCUGGACCCCGACUGGUCCACGAGGAUUCCUUCUCAUAUAAGGAAAACCUGAUUGGUGCAUUGUUGGCUAUUUUUGGGCAUCUCCUCAUCAGCAUUGCACUUAACCUCCAGAAGUACAGCCAUAUCCGGCUGGCGGGCAGCAAAGGCCACCGAGUCUAUUUCAAGACCAAGACAUGGUGGUGUGGGCUGUUUCUGCUCUUUUUUGGAGAACUUGGGGUAUUCUCUGCCUCCCCCUUUGCACCUCUUUCCCUGAUUGUGCCACUUGGUGCUGUGUCAGUCAUAGCAACUGCAAUUAUAGGAAUCAUAUUUAUUAAAGAAAAAUGGAAGCCCAAAGAGUUCUUGAGACACUACGUUUUAUCCUUUGUAGGCUGUGGCUUGGCUGUUGUCGGGACAUACCUGCUGAUAACCUUUGGGCCUAACAGUCAUGAGACCAUGACGGGAGAGAACAUCACAAAGCAUUUAGUCAGCUGGCCUUUUCUCUUGUACACGCUGGUAGAAAUAAUCCUCUUUUGCCUACUGCUGUAUUUCUACAAGGAGAGGAAAGCCAACUAUAUUGUUGUGAUUCUCCUGUUGGUAGCACUGCUAGGGUCCAUGACGGCUAUUACAGUGAAGGCGGUUGCAGGCAUGAUUGCAGUCUCAAUCCAAGGGAACCUGCAGUUGGGUUAUCCUAUCUUCUACAUCAUGGUGGUUUGCAUGGUAGCAACAGCUGCCUUCCAGGCAACGUUUUUAACCCAGGCUUCACAGCUGUAUGAUGCAUCCCAGAUUGCUAGUGUAGGUUACAUUUUGUCCACCAUGAUAGCAAUUACUGCAGGUGCAACGUUUUACUUGGACUUUACUGGGGAGGAUGUUCUACAUAUAUGUAUGUUUGCCUUAGGGUGUCUCAUUGCGUUUUUAGGGGUCUUCUUGAUCACUAGAAACAAGAGGAAAUCUAUCCUUUUUGAACCUUACAUCUCUAUGGAUGCUAUGCCAGGCAUGCAGAACUUGCAUGACAACGGAACUGCAGUUCAACCUGACCUCAAAACUUCCUUUUCUUAUGGUGCCCUGGAGAGCAAUGAUACCAUCUCUGAAAUCUAUGCUCCUGCUACGUUACCAGUAGUUCAAGAAGAGCAUGGCUCCAAAGGAGCGCCUAUCCCUCCCUACCGGGUCACAGAGCACAGCAAAGAAGAGUGAAUGUUUUUGGAAGAACUGGUGUAAGCCUGCAAAGUGUGUGUGUGUGUGUUUAAUUUAUCUCUUUUUUGCUCUGCUGGAAAAACAAAAAUCAGCUGAACUGUGGUUAAAUAAGUAUCAAAUAUUUUACUUCCAAGAAUGAGUUGUGUUAAUUAAGGUUUCCCUAUUCUUAUAAACUCAAGCAUUCAUCUCUAAGCUAAACUGUAGUCCUCCUUUUGAGGAUGUGAGCUGCUACAUGGAACGAAAUGCAAAAGGCAAUAUGGUGACUGUACUCGUGAUGGUAAAACCGGGGGCAAUAAUGCUGAGUUUAGGCUGUAUGUUACCCUGAACAUACAUACACUGUGUAGACUGUAUUUUGUCUUCAUGUACCACUCUCCACUGGGCACAGCCUUUUUAAUAUGAAGCAGCUCUUCAUGUGUGAAUUCUGUGUGAUUCACUAGCUGCUUUGUAGUUCUCAAGAAGAAAAUUAAACAGGAAUGAUUUUUUUAAAGUUUCCCCUUCAGCACUGAUCUGGUCUCCUACAUCUCUGUUGCAAUGAAAGUCAACUGAAUAAUUUGCUGAACUCCUAAAAAUACACCCACACCCCUAACAUGGGCUAGUUUAGCGGUGGCUCAAGUGGU